AUGGAGCCCUGGUACAAGACAUCUGCGCCCUUCCUGGCCCAGGCUGGCCUGCUGCUGCUUCUGCUGCUCAGGCCGGAGGGUUGCUUGGGCACAGGCGAAGCCCUGGGGGCAGGGUCUGCGGCUGUUUCCCGCGACUCUGGCGCCCCCUGUGUCCCUAGUGCCACCUGUCCCUCAGGUGGGCCUCGCCUCCCCCGGCAGGCCGCUACCACUCCCACUCUGUUGCCCACUUUGACGUUGCCGACCUUGACGUUGCCGACCUUGACCCUGCCGACCUUGACCCUGCCGACCACGGAGAACCCUGUUUCUCAAGUCAUUCCACUCACCUGUGGUAUGUCCCAGGAGCAGGACCCCACCCUCAGGGACCCAGAGGCUGUGGCUCGGCGGUGGCCGUGGAUGGUCAGUGUGCGGGCCAAUGGCACACACAUCUGUGCAGGCACCCUGAUUGCCUCCCAGUGGGUGCUGACUGUGGCCCACUGCCUGACGCCGAAAGAUGUUAACUAUUCAGUACGCGUGGGGAGCCCCGAGAUGGACCAGGUGGCUCAGACCACCGCCGACGUCCCCGUGCGCCAGGUCAUCAUGAACAAACGCUUCCGGGCCCGUCGCCUGUGGUCCUGGAUCGGCCAGGCCCACAACAUUGCUCUCCUGCAGCUGCAGCAGGAGCUCACGUUCAGCAAGUACGUCUGGCCCAUCUGCCUGCCUGAGAUAGAGCAUGAGGUGAAGACCCACUCCCUCUGCACUGUGACGGGCUGGGGGCUCCCUAAGGCGAACGGCAAAUGGCCCCAGUCCCGGACCAUUCAGGAAAAGGAAGUCACCAUCCUGAGCAGCCAACAGUGUGAUAGCUUCUACCACAAGUUCUCCAAAAUCCCCUUGGUGAUUCGGAUCAUCAAUACCCAGAUGUUGUGUGCGGAAGACACUGACCGGGAACACUUCUGCUAUGAGAUAAGCGGGGAGCCCCUGGCCUGUCCCGUGGAGAACACGUGGUACUUGGUGGGAAUGGUGAGCUGGGGCCCAGGCUGCGGUAAGAAGGAGGCCCCACCCAUCUACCUGCGAAUCUCCGCCUACAAAUACUGGAUCUGGGAACGCAUGAGUGGGCAGGCUCUGCUGGCCCCAUCCCGGGUCCUGCUACUGGCACUGCCGCUGCCCCUCAGCCUCCUGGCCGCCCGCUGA